AUGACAGCCAAGUACGAAAGGAAGUCAUGCGGAAUUCCAGGAGUCGAAUAUGAUUUGAAAUACGUGCAGAUGCUAGACCAAAAACCGGCGUCCUUGGCCGGUGCUCUGGCUCUUCCCUCCACGGAUAAGCUGUGGGCGUUGUAUCUCGACGAUGUCGACACGAAGAACGUGAUCAAGGAUUGGAUUGCCUACCGGGCAAAUUCAUUCGACCACCAAGGUAUUAAGAGUGGUAAACUGAUUCUCCGGAUGUCGGCGAUUUUGACCUGCGCAUUCAACCCAGCGUUCCAUAUCGUCAUGACCGCUUCGAACCGCCCGCGAGUCGGAGUCCAGAAUGUCACAGAAGAUACAUUGGCCCCGUUGACGUGCCUUUGGUACGUUCUGAAGCUCAUACAGGCAAAACCGACACUUUUCCCACGAUCAACUGUGGGUGCUGGCCCACUACAGCUAGACCCAUACGAUGUACUCCAGGGCUGGAAGUUGCUUUCCUUAUUCACGUUAAUGUCGAAUACGCAAAGGAUACCGAGCACGGCACGACGCCAUAAAGCUACAGCUCCUGUUUAUCAUCGCCAGUCAAAUGAGGAAACACCAUCUACCCAACAGUCAGCAACGGCGCAAGAGCCAGAAAUAGACGAGAGUGUUCCGCAAACCAGUGACGAGAUUUUUGGGCUCACGACAGAAGACUUGACAACAUUUCACGACGAGUUAAACGAGAGCUCGCGUCGAGACAGAGACAACGAGAGCAACAAAGAUGGCCCCGAACGGAAUGUCAUCCACGAAGUUUCAUCCGGCAUCAGCGCAGCGCUUUGUUAUAGGUUUGAAAAAGGCAUUAUCCGCCCUCAGAUGCCGGAAAAGCACCGAUUAUUACUGAUAGACUAUCUGGUGAAGAGUGACAACUUCAGUCAGACCUGUAUCUUAUAUGAGCCGAAAGAGACCAGUAUCUCGGAGCAGCUGAGCUCUGACGGGGUGCUCGCGCGCCUCAUGGCUAACUCGGAGCCUGCGAUGGACUGGAAUCCAACUGACAUGGAAAGACAUGGUAUAGUCUCGGCACAGGCACCUGGUUUUCAACAAGCCUGUGCCACCCUGGGAUUAGACCCGAAAAGGCCGGUGAUUCCUCCAGGGCAUGCAUUCAUUGAGCCAACUAUGCUCAAGCCCUUGCAAAUGACGGGACUGGCUUGGAUGUUGCAGCAGGAGGAAUCCCCAAUAAAGGGUGGUAUUCUUGCGGAUGCAAGAGAAUUGGGGACGAUAUUGAUAUCACUUGCUUUGGUCUGGUUUGCUAGCCAGCGAGCAUCUCAACUGGUUGGGUAUUUCCACCGACCCACUCUGGUGGUAUGCCCCCCUAAACUAAUAGACGCCUGGCAGGAGGAGGUGCAUAAGCAGUUUAGUGACAAGCUGGACAUAAUUAUGUUUUAUGGGUUGGGCGAGCCGAGACCGAAUCUAUGGUGGAAGUGUCAGACAGUGAAUACGUUGGCAGAGCUACGUGAGACACUCUCAAGUCUUGAUUCUGAUAGUGCAGACACAUCCCGGACAAUUGUGUUGACGACAUACGAAACGUGGGCUCAGCUAACCACUCAUAAAAUCGAUUGCAUAAAUGAGCAAGGAAACGGGGGUGUUCAGAAAGGCACGAACGAAUACGCCAGUGGUGACCAAGACGAGAAGCUAGAGAAAACUGACCAGGCGACUAACACGUUGAGAGAUGCCCAAGAAAAAGCCGACGAGGAUACCAGUUCUAUCGGGAAGCGAGUAAUCCAUCAGCGUCGACAGUUGACUUACCAAACGCAGAUAACUGGAUUAUUUAGUCGAGUGAUCGCGGACGAGAGCGACGACGUCAGAAAAACAUGGACACGAACACAUCGAUCGUUGAGUCAGAUUGGAGCAGAGCAUGUGUGGCUCUUGAGCCCCAAACCAUUGGGAGAUAUUGCCUUGGACCUGUGUGGCUAUAGUUCCUUGCUCUGUCGUGAUGAUUUUGACGAAGCUACCCCUGGAGACGGGGCUGAUUGUACUGGUGUCGACAAAGAGGCAAUUGAAGAAUACCGCAAAUGGAGCAAUAUGACUGAUCUAUCGGAACGCCAACUUCAUUUACACUUGUCCCUACAUCGAUUGGCAGCCCUUGCAACUGGAGGCCACCUGACUACAAGGGACGGGAAUGGCGCGAUACCCGUUAUAAUGCGGUUAAUUUGUCUCCAGAGGGGGGUGGACGACUCGUAUAAUAUACACGCAAGCGUUGACGAUGAUAUACCGCCUUUUCGAAUCAUGACAGUAGAGCUCAAGUAUUCGCAACAAGCGCAGAAGGAACAUGACCUGCUAUACGGAAGUUUGGUGGCGCGACUGCACAAAGGAAAGAGGGGCGGUGGUAGCUAUUCUGGCGCAGACGGAGUUGAGAAGCAAUGCAUAGACGAGGAAGUGCUUCAGCGCCUGUGUCAUCUCGCUUUCUUUCCGAAGCUCGACCAAUUCGUUCAGAGUGUUGGCGGCUCAAAGGCUCUGCUCGCUCAAGCCAAGAAAUACGUGGAAGGAGAUGACCGCGGGUUUUCAUUCUUCCAUGUGUGUGUAUCCAAAGAUCGAGCAGCUAUGGCGCCAGAGACGCGCUUGGGCCAGGCACACUACCUGGCGCAUGAUUGUCCAAAGCUUCGUUACUUUGCCAUAAUCUUGCUUGACGAGGGUGCUUUUGAGGUUUCCGAGAUGCAUGAGCUGCCGAAGUUUUUGAUUCUUGUGAAUUGGCCCCUAGUUCAGUAUAUAGUUGAAAUGUUCAUCGACGCACUUUCGAUUGAAUAUGCCACUGUGUCACCAUCCAUGUCUCCGAGGGCAAGAAUGCACGCUGUCGAACACUUUACAAGCAAAGAUAAUCAUUGCCAGGUCCUCAUCACGACCUUCAGUUGUGGUGACUUAAGCUUUAACCUCCACCAUCACUGCUCCAGGGUCAUUGUCCUGGAACCGACGUUUGGUAUGAAGAGUUUAUUUGAAGUAAUCGGCCAGGUCCACCGUCCAGGGCAAGGCGAGAAACAGAAGAUCUUCAUUUUAUUCCAAGAUCACACAAUUUCGAGGUGGUUAGAAUACAGGAAUACCAUAUGUGCAUUGCCACAUGUGGCCUCUCAGCUUCGCGAUAUUAGAAAGACCCGAGAAAAUGGCGACAUUGCCGGAACUGGGUCAGGCGUACCCGAGAUGCCAGUUGAAGCAUGGGCAGACCAUGAGUUAAGCAAACUUCUGGGCCAACCUCGGAGUCGCUUGGGCUUUAAAAAUGUCGAAGACCUUGGCUAUGAUCCUAUUUCCUCACAGAAGAGGAAACAGGGUGGUGGGGAGAAAGACUUCACGCAACAGAAGAAGGCGCGAGGGGAAGAUUGUUGGUAA